CCCUCACUCCAUCCUUUCUGCUCUCGCUCUCCCCUCCAGAGCCGCACCUCUUCUCUCCUGCUAUGUCUUGCCGUUCCAUCCAGCUGGGCUCCAGAUGCAGCAGCCGGGGCUUUAGCUCCUGCUCGGCCAUCGUGCCCCGGCUGGUCACUCACUACGCAGUGAGCAGCGGCUCGUGCCGGUAUGGGGGUGCCGGGGGUCUCCGCACCCUGUGCUACCCCAGCUCACGGAGCCUGUGCAAUGUGGGCUUCGGGAAGCCCCGGGUGGCCUCCAGGUGUGGCCUGCCUGCCUUCGGGUACCGAGCGGGGGGCCCCUGCGGGUCUCCUGCCUCCAUCGCCCCUGUCACCAUCAAUGAGAACCUGCUGGUGCCACUGGCGCUGAAAAUCGACCCGACCGUGCAGAAGGUGAAGAGGGAUGAGAAGGAGCAGAUCAAGGGCCUCAACAACCGCUUUGCUUCCUUCAUCAACAAGGUGCGUUUCCUGGAGCAGAAGAACAAGCUGCUGGAGACCAAGUGGAACUUCAUGCAGCAGCAGAGGUGUUGCCAGAGCAACAUCCAGCCCCUCUUCGACGCCUACAUCAACAACCUGCGCAGGCAGCUGGACGCCGUGUCCGGGGAGCGCGGGCGGCUGGAGGCGGAGCUCUGCAGCUUCCAGGACACGCUGGAAGCCUACAAGAAAAAGUAUGAAGAGGAGGUCUCCCUGCGGGCCAGUAUUGAGAAUGAGUUUGUCACCCUGAAGAAGGAGGUAGACACCGUCUUCCUGGUGAAGGCUGACCUGGAGACCAACAUGGAGGCCCUUGUGCAGGAAAUCAACUUCCUGAAAAACUUGUACGAGGAGGAGAUCCUCCUGCUGCAGUCUCAAAUCUCCGAGACCUCUGUCAUCGUGAAGAUGGACAACAGCCGGGACCUGGAUGUAAAUGACAUCAUUUCCGAGAUCAAGUCCCAGUAUGAUGACAUCGUGAGCCGUAGCAAGGCCGAGGCUGAGGCCUGGUACCAGUCCCGGUACGAGGAGAUGCGGCUGACGGCCGGAAACCACUUAAACAACCUCCGGAGCCUCAAGAAUGAGAUCCUGGAGUUGAAAAAGAUAAUCCAACAGCUGCAGCAAGAGAUAGAGAACACCAAAUCGCAGCGCGCCAAGCUGGAAGAGGCCGUGGCCCAGGCGGAGCAGCAGGGCGAGGGGGCCCUGAAUGACGCCAGGAGCAAGCUGGCGGGGCUGGAGGCCGCCCUGCAGAAGGCCAAGCAGGACAUGGCGUGCCUGCUCAAGGAGUACCAGGAGGUGAUGAACUCCAAGCUGGGCCUGGACAUCGAGAUCGCCACCUACCGCCGCCUGCUGGAGGGCGAGGAGAACAGGCUGUGCGAAGGCAUUGGACCUGUGAACAUCUCCGUGAGCAGCUCCAAGGGCGCCCUCCUGUAUGAGCCGUGCGUGGAGAGCACGCCCCUGCUGAGGACCGACUACUGCUCAGGGGGCACCAGCAUCCUGAAAAGCGGUGGGAGCUGCAGCGUCGUGGGCACCGGGAAACUCUACAUCCCCUGCGAGCCCCAGGGGCUCCGAGGCUGUGGGAGCAGUCAGGGCUCCAGCCGCAAGUGUUAGCCCUGCCCCCAGAGACCCAGGGGACAGCACCCCAGCCCAGCCCCCACCCUCCCACCCCCCGCUGUCACCUCUCCCACAGGGCUGAAGACAAGCACUUUCCAAAGCCCCACUUCCUGUACUGACCUUAGGCGGCCCCAGAAUUCCUGCUGGGUGAUGAGCUGCCAUCCUCAUCUCCAAGAUCGCUUCCACUUAGCUGUGUGCUCACUCCAAGCUGGCCUGGGGGAGGGGGUGCAGAGAGAGAGAGGACGCAGGCUUCCAGCCCCCAGAGAAUGGCUGCAGCUCUCAAGCAAAAGGCCCUUUGCAUUCUGGACUGUCCCGUGGAAGCUGCCCCACGAAGCCGGACUCCUCUUCGUCACACCCCAGGCUCCUCACCUGCCUUGCUCUGGCUCUCAUGCACACUGCAGAAAAAUGAACUUGUCUCAACACGCACCAGAAACGCACACCACAUCGCAAGUGUCAAGAGGAGACGGCCCCAGAUCCCAUGCUGGGUUCUAAAACUCAGUGCUUGGCAAAGUCAUAGCACAGACAACCCAGUGAUGGACACGGGGCCGUGGCUUCCCUUGCUGUGGUGUGUUGAGCUCCAGGUCUGAAACAAGUCAUGCCCGUCGGCAGGUGAUGGCAGGGAAGCGCCUGGAACAAAGGGCCAGGGGACACGGAAUGUUGACCAGACAGACUGACCAUCCCCAGCUGACCCCAGCUCAGUAGGAUCAAGCCCCACCCCCACCCCACCCCGUUCUGUACACAGCUGCCUACUUUCUGCUCCUUUGCCUUGAAUGUCUGUUGGGAAUUGCAGGCUCAGCGGCUCUGGCUCUGGACUGGGAGAAGGAGGAGGAGGUGCUGGGCUGACCCCACCUCCCAAGAGCCCCUUUUCCUGCGCUCCGCCCACCUGGGGAUCCAAGAUCUCCGCCCUGAGCCUCUGGGCCUUUCUCAAUAAACUGCCUCGGUUUGCACAUGA